AUGUGUUCAGACUCGCUCGGUACGAGCUUCGAGGGCGUCUGCUGCGCAAUAGGGCAGCUCUGCGAACUCGACGACAACAACCGGCCAGCAUGCUGUCCUCAAGGAGCUGUAUGCACCGGCACGGCUCCGACAACAGCGCCCACCGCUCCCACGGCCGUCUCAUACGUGCCAAAUGAAUAUUUCCCAUUCCCGUACAUCGCAACAUCUCUCGACCGCGGCCAAUGCUCCUCAGCCGUCAGCCAGUGCUCUCGAAAUUACCAGAGCUGUGUCACCCAACUUGACGGAAAUUCCGGCUUCGGCGUCACCGUUGUUGUUCCUGGCGGAGGUGGCACCACAGUCGCUGCCACCCGGCCAGACGUCGGUACGUCGGCCACUCCUAUCUGCUCCAGCCUCAGCUCUCGCGCCUGCUACGGCCUGGAGAACGACCAGUGUUCACAAUCAACAACGGUCAAUGGCGUUAUCAUAAACGCUGCAUCACGUCCGACAGCGGCGUGCAUGGUUGGUGUCGCUGCUGGCGUGGGAGUCGCCAUCUUCCGCGCCAUACAAUGA